UUCGCUUCCGGAUGGUAGAGAGUGGCGUCUAGUCAAAGAUAUCGUUUUUGGAUCGGCUAAGAUAUCAUGUUCCGGCGAAGAGAGGUGAUUUUGGAAGGAUGUCGAGUACUCGGAAAGCCCGCGCAUCACUCCGUUUCCCACACCUUCGCGAACCGCAAUCCCCAUGUGCCUCUGGCGAGAACCGAGGCUCGAAGGAGCGGUCGAAACCUUAUCGCUAUAUACCCCCGCCAAUGAGAGGUCUUAUCGUCUCUUGCGCCAGUUUGCUCGUAUCUUCGCAAGGCCCUGUUUUAAUUAUCAAUCGUUCUACGAAAUUUGCCUUGAUACACAACCCAUGCUCAUCGCGCGUCGAGGCACUAAGCGACUCUCACAGAACGGUGUCUGCUCCCUGUCCAAAUGCCGCCCCUCAGGCUCGACACUCGCUUUCGCUUCCAUUAGUCAUCUCUGAUCAGCGACUUGGACUUAGGCGAGCUACCUAUCUCCAGGCUCAACCCCGCAAGGAUGGGAACCUUCACGGACCAGCCAGGGUCACAACGGCCGAAAGCACGCCUCCAACCAUGAGCACCUCAUCUUUCUCCGCACCAACACCAUCAUUGUCUAGACGAGGCGCCCAGAGGCCCUUUAUUUGUGCCUUUGCUCACGCACAUCCGCCUAAAUAUGCACCUUUCUUCCACCUGACGUAUCUGAUCUCAUUGCUGACUUUACCCAACCGCGUGCGCCGGACGUUAGUCCUCGCCGUACAGAGUUCAAUUGGUCAAAGUCUCUGUAAAUAUUAUUCCGUGCCCUGGCUAAUUCGCCGAAUUCAACAAUCGCUUCAUCCUUUGACAAACGUCCGAGUUCUCCUUACAUGUGAACAUAGCAAAGCUUGCUGCGGCCUUGCAUCCGUGCUUCGCGAAGCAACAAGUCUGUGAUGAGCCCAUAGAGCGGUAAGACCGGAGACGGGCCUUUCAUUAUCCUGACCUCAGCUGCUUUGAGAUGUGUGGUCACGUCAACAGGCUCGCGCUGUUGGUCUCCUCAUCUAAAUGUGUAUCGUUGAUGGCCUGCACCCCUCUUUUGACAGCUGCAAGCAUAACCGACAGGCUGGCUACCAACAACAAUGCGUUGACGGC